AUGUCGUCUUUACGCUUUCAGCAGUUCAUGCAGUUCUUCCUCCAUCUGAUUUCCCUCAGUGCAGCAAUCGCUGUCGACGCAUAUGGAUCCCGCAGCGUUCAGCGCGAUCUAGAGACCCGCGAUGUACCACCUUGCCCGAAGUGCCCCGUCUCGGACCAAAACUGGCUGUCCGUGGUAUACAAGCAGCCAGUGUCGUACCAAGUCGAGCCUCAAAGCGCGGUGACUGGCAACGGAUGGCUGCCGCGGGCCUGCUCUAUGCACGGUUAUACAUGCAUUGUCACCGCUCCAGAUAUCCACUUCAGAGCUGGAGGCUUCCCCGGUUAUCCGCAGGUCGGCAAAUGGACGCGUCCCAAUGGCGAGCAGAUAUUUGUGUCAAAGUACUGGGAGCAGACCAUCCAGUUCAUCGGAACCGAAGCGACGUUCAAUAUCUAUCCCGCGCACUGCACGAUCUAUAUCUUGUCCAAAGGAGAGAACACGCAGGUGACGCACAAACCGAAGCUGAAGGUCGUAAUGAUGACAGAAUCACACGCCGGCAAGAGUAUGCCCCAAGCCUUUCUCCCUGGACCUGCCUACUACGACAACCAAGCGCCUAAUACCGCAGUCAUGAUCGCGUUGCAGCUCAAGACGCUCCCGCGCGACCAUGUCAUCUGA